AUGAGCAACUCUAGCUAUCACUCUGGUGGUAGGAUAGUUGUAGCCUGGAAGGCUGGUUGCUUCACAGUUAACAUUGUUGCUGCAUCCAGUCAGUUUGUUCAUUGCCAUGUUACUCCUGUAAGUGGUAGGAAACCCUUUUAUUGCACCUUUGUUUAUGCUUUUAAUGAUGCUGGUAUGAGACAAGAUCUAUGGAGGGAUUUGUUGUUGCUUAACACUCAAGAACCCUGGAUUGUGUGUGGGGAUUUCAACUGUGUUAUGGCAUUAGAUGAGAGGAUUGGAGCUCCUGUCAGACAUAGAGAUAUUGUGGAUGUGAGUAACUGUAUGCAUGCUUGUGGUAUGGAGGACAUCAAGUGUGUGGGUAAUCUUUUCACCUGGAACAACAAGCAACAAGGUAACAACAGAGUUUUUUCAAAAAUUGAUAGAUUUAUGGCUAAUCAAGCUUGGCAAACUUGCUUUCCUGUUGCUGAGGUAUGUUUUAUGCCAGAAGGACUUUUUUAUCACUCUCCUGGUCUUCUUUCUGUGUUUCCCAGAGAUGAUGGAGGGAAGAAACCAUUUAAGUAUUUUACUAUGUGGAAGUCCUCAAAUGUGUUUUUUGACAUUGUCCAGUAG